AUGCUUUCCAUCUUGAUACUCCUCGUGGUUGCACUCGGUGCCAUCGCGCACACCACCCCCGACGGAUGUCCGCGCAAGGUGGGUGCGGAAGGCGUACAGGUUCGCAUACCUCCAACGUUCAAUACCACCGAUCAUGCCCAUCACGGCAGAUCAUGGCGACCACCACCUGUCGGGUUCUACUUCCAACCAUGGUCGAUGAUUCUUGCGUCAAACCCUCAGUAUGCCGCGAUGCGGAACGUGCAAUACGAUCCGACUCCGAUCGACCCCUCUGAGCCCACUGGACUUGUAAAUGACCUCUUCUCAUUCCAAUUCCCAGGCAACGACACAAUCAUUACAACAUAUGGCGUCGAUACACCGCAUCCCUACUUGCCAGCAGUGCUGGACUUUGCAGCGACUGGAAUUUUGGCUGGGGCUACGUGCCAAUACAGCAUCUUGGUUUGGGGCUGCGACGCGAACAGAGUCCCAUACUACGCGAGCUAUUCGACGGCAGUGGAGUUCACACAAACGCCCCCGGGUAUCGACCUGAUGAGUACGAGUGAUCAAGGACCCGAUCAGGAAACGAUCGAUGCUGUUUUGAAGGCUUUAAAGCAGCUGGGAAACGAGGAGAUCACCAAGUAUGUUGUAGCUCUGGAGAGGAUGGUGCAGGAUGGCGGCAGGAGAGGCAUGCCUAGGGCUACAUGCGACGACUAUUGCAAGACGAAUCAGGGCUUGAUAGGGAUCGGAGGUUGA